AUGAAUGCUGCGGUUAAUAUCUACCACUUAAGAAAAACCUUUUGUGAGAAUACUCUAGUGAAAUCUGAUGAACUGAAGAAGUGGAACAGGUUUUUAAAGUAUAGUUUUUUCAGCUGGGGAGUUCCUGUCAUCAUAACGCUAGUUUACAUUGUACUAGUAAAGGAAGAUGUUCUAAGGUUUGAUCAACCUAUUGGGUCUGCGAAGAACGAUGUUCAGUCGAGUUCAAGGUUUUAUCAACGCAUUGUGUUUGCAAAUGGAAGUCAUGAAGAUGCGACAGCAAAUGAAACAUGGAUUUAUCAACGUAUUGCAUGCUUCAAAAAAAAUGUCCAUUCAAAGUUUAAUCAAAGCACUGUACCUUGGAAGGAUGCGACGGAAGAUGAUGGAAGGAUUUAUCAACCUAUUGCAUCUUUGAAGAAAGAUGUCCAGCCAGAGUUAAGGUUUGAUGACUUUGAUCAAAGCACUGUGCCUGUGGAAGAUGAUGCAAGGAUUUAUCAGCCUAUUGUAUCUUUGAAGAAGGAUGUUCAGUCAAGCUUAAAGUUUUAUGAACGCAUUAUAUUCGCGGAUGGAGAUGGGAAGGAAGAUGCAAGAAUUUAUAAACAGAUCUCUGGAGAUUGUAUCAAUGGUCGAAUUACUCCCGAUUGA